AUGAAUCUCAAUAACGGUGAUAACAAUAAAUCUGACCUCGUUCUUGGGAGUAAUUUAAAUAUGAAUUUUGGUAUUGAAUUUAUAUCGUCGUCAGUCAGCAGCGGUACUAAAGGAACAACAAAAUCAUCAACGUCAUUGUCAACCGGUAGCGAUGCUGAAGGACCCAUGUCAUUAUUGUUCAGCGGUGAAUGCACUCUGAUACUCAAUACAGAGGCUGGUAUGCUAGAUAGAAGUAUAGAGUGGGCAAACAAAAUGUCAUGUUCUGAUGCUGUCAGAGUCUGA